AUGGAACGAUUCGAUAAUUUUGAAUUUAAUAAAAAUGAUGUACUUGGCCAUGGAGCAUUUGCAAUUGUUUAUAAAGGACGAUAUGCUGAUAAGAAAGAGAUCCCGGUAGCGAUAAAAGUUAUUCAGAAAAAACAUUUUCCAAGGGCGAAAGCUCAGUCGGAAGAUAAAAAAAUAUCUUUGUUGGAAAAAGAGAUUAAAAUUCUUAAGGAAUUAGCAAAUUUAAAACAUGAAAAUUUGGUGUCGCUGUUGCGAUGUCAUGAAGUAUCAAAUGCUGUUUAUCUUGUUAUGGAAUAUUGUAAUGCGGGUGAUUUAGCUGAUUAUUUAAAUGAAAAAACAACUCUUCCUGAAACAACCAUUCAACAUUUUCUUAGACAUAUGGCUUGCGCUAUUGAAGCAAUUUAUAAGAUGGGAAUCGUUCAUCGAGAUCUUAAACCACAGAAUAUGUUAUUAUGCAACCCAACAGGGAAAUCAGAUCCUGAUCCGCUUGAUUUUAUCGUUAAAUUAGCAGAUUUUGGUUUUGCGCGAUUUUUGGAAGAUGGUGUUAUGGCUGCAACUUUGUGUGGUUCACCAAUGUAUAUGGCUCCUGAAGUAAGUGUUGCGCAAAAGCGGAUCUUUGGUCACUGGAAAGUUCUAAUGUCCCAUAAAUAUUGCGCAAAAGCGGAUCUUUGGUCACUGGGAACAAUAAUAUUUCAAUGUUUAAGUAGUAAACCACCGUUUCAUGCUGCAACACCGAAUGAAUUAAGAGAUUUGUAUGAAAUGAAUAGGAAUUUAGAACCAAAGAUUCCAGCGGGAUGCAAUCCUUUAUUAAGAGAUUUACUCUUCAGAUUAUUAAAGCGUGAUGCUAAAGAUCGAAUUGAAUUUGGUGCGUUUUAA